CGGCCGUCCUCUCCUGGGCCAACCGUGUCCCGUGCCCUGAUUGUCGGCCUGUGGUCAAUUGUGAUUGCUCGAGCUGCCCCACCGUCAGCUGCGGCGACGUGAUCAAGCAGGAGGCGAACGGCGCUUCCUGGCUGGGCUCGCUGCUUUGGGGCAUCCUCUUCGUCAGCAUCGGCAUCGUGAUCGGACGGCUACCCCUUGCGUGGGCCUCCACGGCCCGAAGCGCGCCUCACCCCGCCCGAGUGGUGACUACGAAGGCGAUUGAGGUGGAGCCGAUCGCGGAGCAGGCCCGGCUGCAGCUGGAGGCUCUGGCGCUGAAGCGGCGGGUAAGAGUGUACACUAUUCCGACUCCAUACAACGAUGACUACGACGAGGACACCGCCGUGGCGGCCGACAUCAUUGAGACGGUGCAGCUGCCCCAGGGCAUGCAAGGUGGCGGUCCGCCGCUGGCCGGCGGCGCGGUCGUCCCGGCCCCAGUCUCCCGCUUUCGCGCUCUGCCGCUGCCGGCUCGGCUGGGUGGUGCGAGGGCCGCGGGAGCCGCGCGGCUGGGCUUCGCCCUGCCGGCCGAGCCCUUCUCGCAGAGCGCGGUUGGGCGGCCGCUCUCGGUGGGGGCCGGCAUGCCCGUGCAGGCUGGUGGCCUCGACGAGGGCGGUUUCUUCGUUGUCAGGUACGACGUCCCUGGACCAGCUCUGUGGCACGAGAGGGUCGUGGUCCCCAAGCCGUGCCCGCCGCCCGGGGGCGCGGCGGCGCCCGACGGAGAAGGCCUGGCCGCCCUGGCCGCCGCCCUGGGGGGGCCUGCUGCAGCUGGCGUCCCAGCGGGCGCCCGGGUGCCCCCGGCGGCCGCGGGCCCACCCGUGCCGGCCGCAGCGGCCGCACCUGCUGGGGCCCUGGUGGGCAGCGCCGCAGCUAUCGCUACCGCCCCCCCCGCCGGUGGCGGUGGCGUGGCUGGGGCCCCCGUCUAUGACCUGCGGGUGCAGGCCAUCGGGGUCGAUUCUCAGGGUGUGCGAUGUCGCGUGUUCAGGGCUGCCGUCACCAUUCUCACGGUCGCGCCGUUUGCGGACUG